AUGGAGCAAGUCGACUGGAGCCAGGUGAUGACGGCGCUCACACAAGCUUUCGCUGUUGAGAAUAACAAGCCAAAUUUCUCGUACAAAGAAGUGAUGAAGAUGGCUCUCGAGAAGAUUCGGAAGCAUAAUCGUAAGAUGACAGGAACUUGGCACGAGGACUUUCAACAACAGGGUCUCGACGGGAAGCAGAAGUUUACUGGUUCGGCCACCUGGCGCGUGGGCGAUCAAGAAUGGAGCAGUUGCGGCGAAACCGAGUCAAACAAAGCGGAGGCCAUGAGAAGCGCAUGGGAGCAGCUCUACAGGCAGGUAAAAUCGGCCGUGGAGGAGGCUGAGCAAAAUCAGGUCUGCGUCCGGGUGGAGCUGAAUCGCGCGCUCCCUCCGGCCUUCUGGGCAAAUCGAAAUUCAUGUCCACGCUUUGCUGCCGUUUCGUGGUGGUCCAUGCCGUUUUACACAUUUUUUUCUUGCGAGUCUUUUGCGGGAGAUGCCAAAAGCAGCGAGUAUAUCGUCGCGGCAGACACGCAAAGCAACGGCAGCGGAGAAGAGUUUCCCGCAUCUGCGACCGGGUCUGCUUCCGCAAACGUGGCAGACAAUGCAGCUUUCUCGAGCUUCACAGCCGCUGGCAUGGGCACGGAUGCCGGGCCACGUGCUGCAAGCAUGCAGAUGUGCGAAGACGGGUCACGGUUGGGAGCGUUGAUGGCUGAAAUCAAGCCUGCGGCAGCCUCAAGGGAGCGGGUGCGUGACCUUGGCAAGGCGGAGAUGACAAGAUCCUACUUGGCUGAGGUUGAAGACGAAGAGCCUGAUGAGGAUGCAGUGGCGCCUGGCUCGAGUGACAGCCCUCUGUGUGACACAGCACAUUCAUGCAGUUCCCCGUGGCCCGAGAUGGGAAGUCAAGUGGGUGAGUCCGGGCGCAUCGCUUCCAGCCAAGGCCUUGAUUGGGAUGUCUUCUUGCAGACGCCGGCCCUGUGCUUGCCUUGCCGGUUGAGCUGUGGUGCUCCCAUGUCCAUGUUGAUCGAGAGGGCUGCACGUGGACACCGCCACGACGAGACUGUUCCGUCCGAGGCCUAUUCAGAGCCGGAAGUCUCAGGAUCGGAACGUGUCCCGGACACCGGUGUUCGGAAAAUUUUCACCCGGACGCUGCACGCCCUGCGCACCACCAUGGUGUCGUCCUUCGUUCCGACGCCCAGCUGGGCGGAGGUCGUUAGCACGGGGCAAGAGCUGAAAGUCGGCCCUGCUUUCGCCAAGGGCACAUUUAGCACAGUGCACCCGGUGGACGGCAAGGUGAAUGGCGAGGAUGUAGUGGUGAAGCUGACGCGAGUCCACAGGUUGCAUUACCACGUCAACGACGUGCUCCUCCUGGACGAAGUGGACGAUGAGAAGCGAUUGCGUGGCCGCGAGGCAACACUGCAAAAGGAAGCGAAGGUCCUCCGCUGGCUAAGCGAGUGCCCGGUUGUGGUUCCUUGGCUCGGUGACAUCCGGGCAUGCGUCGGUGGGGAGACAGUAACUGGCAUUCUCUUGCCAAAGAUGAAAAGAACUUUGCGACAGCUUUGGGACCGCAGCAGCGCUCAGCUGAACGUCAAUCAGAAUCGUUGCAACAGCAUCCGAUUGGCAGGCAUCCUAGGGUCCGUGGUUGACAUUCUCUGGGCAUUGGGCAGGAUGCGCGAGUGUGGGCUCUGUCACAUGGAUAUCACACCGGACAACUUGCUGUGGAGUGAAGAUCACUGCCAGUUGUACCUGGCGGACCUCGGCUCAGCUGCACGACGGCCAGGAUUCACAUGGCGGGCAUUGCAAGAUCUGCCCGAAACUGCCAACAUCCGUCGCAGCUAUGCUUUGGCCUUCAGAGGGGUGUGGCGGGUGCUGCCGCAGCUGUAUGGUCAAUUCCAUAGCUGCUCCUUUGUUCACUUUCAGCUCCACGAUGAGACCCCCAGCGACAUGAAAGUCAAGCUGCCCCUUGCCGACCCCCGCCUCGACUACUUCGCGCUCUUGAUCAUUCUGCGCAACCUGCUUGGAAAGAAAGGUUUUGUCGCCGGUGGUCGCGAUGAUCGCUAUCCAGAAGGCGAAGCCAGGACGAUUCCGCACUCCUUCGAUCCACCGGAAGCCGAGAAGCCAUGGGGCCAGGCAGAUCCGACGUGGCCAUCACUUCUGGAGGCGGCUGUCCAGCUGCGUGCCUUGAACCAUAGGCUGGAGGCGCUUCCACCGCAGCCGGAGCACGAGCUCAAGCAGAAGGGAGAGUCCUUUUUGGACGAUGCCCUGAGGACUUGCCUCCAAGAUUUAGCAGAGAGCCGCCAGAGGCUCAUGAGGCUUCAGGAGGUAGACAUCCAGCAGGGGAGGUUUGGCCCCGGACCCGACGGACCUCUCGUCUUCUGGCAGAGAGAUUCCUCCGGCACGCCCGUCAACAUCAUGUCCUUCGACCUUUCGAAGCUGGGAGAGAAGCCGCAGCGCUUGGUUCACGAGGCGAAGAAGGAGCUCGCAGAGUGCUUGGGCUGUUGUCCUCCCCAAAUCAAGCUGUGGGCUUUGCUGCGGCCCCGCUUCGAUAAUUUGAAGGAGGAGGAGGAGGAGGUCCUACCAGGUCUGAGCUCCGAGCAGCUGGAUUCGCCCCUCCUGCGCGUGGAGGUGAUGCCCCUCCAGCAACUCAAGAAGGAGCUCGGCUUCGAGUUCUCUGAGCAUUUGAUGAAAACCAGCUACGAGGAGGUCUGGUACCUGCUGAACAGCCGCCACCUGCACCCCGACUGCAUCUCUCUGCGGGACCUCAUCGACGCAGGGCCCGGGCCAUGCCGCGCGGCCCUGGAGAACGGGGCGGAUCCCAACCAGAUCAGUGACCGGAGACACAGAGACCCCAUGAGGGCGGCAUACUAUGGAGAUGGCAGAGGCACUACGCCCCUGACUUACACAACCGAGAAGAUGCCCUAUGCGUGGGACAGCUGGGGUAGCGCGACAUCCUUCGUCCAUAAAUUACAGCACAGCUCCCUGCUCACUUUUUAUCUGUACGAUGCUUGUUUAUCACUUGACGAGAAGGCUAUGGAGAUCAUGCAGAUGCUCUUGGACGCUGGAGCACGGGUCAACAAGGUUGAUGGCAACGGCAACACUCCCCUGUCGCUGGUGCAGCAGAAAAUUGAAAGGCCACAUCCGGGUCUUCUCAGCGGAGCUGCUCUGCAAGAGGAUCUGGCCGAGAGCGUGGCGAGGUCCAUCGAGGAGCAUUCCCUGAAUUACGGGAACCCCGUCCGGGCCGCAGACCAUGCAGACGGAUUGCAGUGUGCAGAGACCGCUGCCUCAAGCAUCCACCUGGUGCGAGUGCGCCCCCACGAGGCCAUGGCGACUUUCCUCGAGGCUCAGUACGAUGCGUCCGCUCCUGAGUGGCCCGUUGAUCCAAAAACCUUGAUGUCUACGGUGGGUGCAUCCAUGGGCCUGAUCCUCAGCACGGCCGUGAUCUGGCCGUUUGCUUGCGUCACAGGGCUUCAAGCCUGGCAUCAUAGCACCGACUUGUGCUUUCGCGCCUACGGCAAGGCAGGUGCACCUGGCCAACCCAUCUUCCUGGGCGACAUCUGCAUCUUUGAGGACAUCUGUUCAAAUCCAAGUGAUCGGAUGCAGCGUACUGACUUUGUGCUAUGUGCCCAGCACACCGGAGCUCGACACCCCAUCAUUGCUCUAGCCCAUCAGUUGCAUCAGCGCCGCCGCCGAUCCUCCAGCGCUUGCAUGCAGGAGCCCGGCUACUUCUUGUCUUUCCAGAUGGCCCGGGAUCAAGGCUUGGAGCCGUGCGGGAAAGGUGUGCCCAUGUACGAGGAUGGCAUGGACCUGGAUGCGCUCGAGCAAGUGUGCAAGGAGUCGAUGGGGAAAGUAAAGCUUGCUGCAGCCUCGGCCGGGCCCGUGCAUCACAACCCAGCAGGCACCGAUGAUAUCCGAUGCAGUUUGCACUGUCAAGAUGGGGAUUUCCAGUUCUUCGUGGUGGCGGAUGAGAUGUACCAGCUGCUCACUUUCAGCCAACUGCGGGUGUUUUCCAUCGGAACUUUCUCCAAGCUCAUUGGCCCUGGCAUCAAAGCGUGGGGGCUCAGCACCGCGAAGAAGGAUUAUAGCCCCUUGCCGGCCUCGGAUUCAUUCGCAGUGGCACGGGCCUCGACCUCCCGAAACGGGAACAACCCUGUGAUCUUCUCGUCCAUGAAUCUGCUGCACUUCGUCGAGUGGGUGCCCCGGGUUAACGGCCAGAGGCACAUCGAAGUGGCCCGGCUCCUGCUGCAUGUUGCUGCAAGCCGGAGCAGCUUCUUCACCGAGGAAAUGCAGUCACAAAAGUUCCGAGACCGUUUUGCCAAGGUCUCGAAGGACCUGGGCGAAAGGCUUCGGGCUGAGAUCAGCUGCACAGCGUGGGUCGUCAGGUCUCUCAGAUCUGCGGUUCCGGGCAGCCGCGUCGCAGAGCAGAGGUGCCAACUCAUCUGCCGAAAGCUUCGCGAAGUUGGUCUCGAGGCCGUGCUGCAAUGUGUGCCAGUAAAAGCGCUGGCUUGCCUGAGACAGGUGCACGAGCCCAAGGGCGGCUACUCUGUCUGGGCCGACGGCUCUGGUUCGCAAGUGGGCCCAAGCGCAAAUGGGGCAGGGAACCGUGCUGAGGUCAAGUCCAAGGGCAAGAUGACGGGACGAGGUGGUCAGGACAUGGCCGUGAAGGGUGACAAGUUCCACGACUACAUGCGCCUGUGCUACGGCUGGUUGUCGCCGGAGCAGCUGGAGGAAGGGCUGCGCGUGGACACCCUCACGGCGAGACGGUUCCGUCUCGAUUGGGACGCUUUGUUGCAGACACCGGCCCUGUGUUUGCCAUGCUGGACCUCGAGGGCUGCGCAAGGACACCGCCAGGCGAGACUGUUCCGUCUCGAUUUGGACGUCUUCUUGCAGUCUGCCGUGCUGGACCUCGAGGGCUGCACGUGGACACCGCCACGGCGAGACUGUUCCGUCAUCGUUGAGAUUCGGUGA